AUGUCAUCCCACAGGCUUUUCGGAAAAUCUGGAGAAGAUGUCCCAUCUUCAGAGCAGGAGGAACUGUUUAUUCGCAAACUGCGACAGUGCUGUGUGGCAUUUGACUUCAUGGACCCAGUGGCUGACCUGAAGGGAAAGGAAAUAAAACGAGCUACUCUGAAUGAGCUGGUGGACUUCAUUACCACAGGCCGGGGUGUACUUACUGAGCCUGUUUACCCUGAGAUCAUCAGAAUGAUCUCAGCAAAUCUGUUCCGGACCUUGCCGCCCAGUGAUUUUGAUCCAGAACAAGAUGAACCAACAUUAGAAGCGUCAUGGCCACACUUGCA